UCGAGUCGGCUCGGCUCGGCUCUCGGCUCGGACGUCCGAUGUUCUCUGCUGACUUGUCCGAUGUUUAGUUUCGUUGUUGGUUGUGACGUGUAGAGGCCGGAAGGUCUGGAGAUUUGAAGGUCCAUCCCAUCAAGUGGAGGCUUAACUACCAACAGUGUGCCUGGAGUCCAGCAUUCGUCUGGGUUGGACAAUGUCAAAGCUCUCUUGCUUCUGUUAAUUUGGUGCAUGUAAAGGCUGAUUUCAAGAUGAGGUUACCUCCUUGUCUCUCUUGGUGCUUUGCUUUGACACUCAGCUGCUUGCUCAGCUGUCAUGUCAGUUCUGGGGCCAAUGUGGACAGAGCCAAAUCCAUGUCUGAUGUCAUUGCAAGUGACGGGCUAUACAGCCGCUCCGACAAGGUUGCUAUAUUAAAUGUGACAACCUUUGAGAGCACAGUUCUGAAUUCAGAUGUGGCUUGGCUUGUGGAAUUUUAUAACACCUGGUGUGGUCAUUGUCAACGAUAUGCGCCAAUAUGGAAGGAAUUUGCUGCCUUGGUAGCAGGCUGGAAGUCAGCAGUGCGCAUAGGAGUUGUAGAUUGUGUUGUUGAGGCCAACACCCCACUGUGCAGAGAUUAUGAAAUAAUGCAUUACCCAUUUGUUAAAUUUUUCACUGCUCAUCAUCAGAAAGGUGAUAUUGGAAAAGAAAUUGAAAAGGGCAGAGAUGCACCUGAAAUGCGUCGCACAUUGGCAGAAAUACUUGAGAAAGAACAGCUGGAAGGAAGGGGCAGUUCAUGGCCCAACAUCACGCCUUAUCGUAGCUCAGAUUUACACAACUUGUGGAAGGAUGUCCCAAGUUCUGUAUUGUACUCAAUAUUGAUAUUUAAGGAUAAGAAAAAUGAAGUGGGAGCUGACUUGGUUUUGGACUUCAGUCAGAUACCAAGCAUUCAAACACGAACAGUCUCAGCUGAGAAUGAGGUUCUUUCCAAACUGCUGCAGGUAUCUACUCAGCCAUCCAUCGUUGUUAUUGAACGAGGAAAAGAUACCGGAGAACUGCUGUACACACAAGAUACCUCUCAUAAUGGUCUUAGCAUAGCCUUGCAAGCGUUCUUAAAAACGAAGCAUAUUGAAAUGCCUGAAAUAGAAGAUACUGAAGAAGAAUUGGUUAAAAUGCCUGCUACUGCAUAUGAUGACAAUGAACUACAAAAGCAGGUUAAACAGCUCAUGUCUCAUAAAGGCGAUAUUGCCUUCCUAGCUGACCUCGAACAUGCCUUGCGCUUUUCUCUACGGCAUGAAGUAGGCUCAAGAAAGCAAAUGACUGGUCCAGUGUUGAAUGCCCUUCGCAACUUUCUUGUCAUUAUUCGGCGCCAUUUCCCCUUAUCAACAUCUGGGCUAUCCUUAUUGAAUGCGCUUUGUAGCAAAGUGGAAACUUCUAAGGACAUCUCAGGAGAGGAAUGGAAAAAAUUCCUUCUUGAAGAAGAGGCCAAGCUGGCGGCGCCAGUGUGGACAGAACGUAAAGAUUUUUUGGGGUGCCAUGGAAGUCAACCCAAUUUCCGUGGAUAUCCUUGUAGUCUUUGGACUACAUUUCAUGUGUUAACUGUUGAUGCUCUGAAUUCGGCUAGUAGUGGACAACCAAGAGAGGUGCUUGAGGCCAUUUUGGGGUAUGUUACCCAUUUCUUUGGUUGUUCAGAAUGCUCCAAACAUUUCCAGGAAAUGGCCUCUGAGACAAUGUUUUCAGAUGUGACAUCCCACAAGGACAGUGUCUUAUGGCUUUGGGAGGCUCACAAUACAGUAAAUAAAAGACUUGCUGGUGAUGCAACUGAAGAUCCAGCUUUCCCCAAGAUUCAGUUUCCCUCUGUGGAUCGUUGCUCUGGAUGUCGUGAUAAUGGAGCAUGGGUCAAGCAUCAGGUCCUUCAAUACUUGGAAUCUAUAUACAGCCAUGAAUCUCUCAGCGUCAUAGGAGCUGCCGGAUCAAACUCCAUGUACAGGCCUAACAAACAAGCACUUUCGGCUGGUUCGGAAAUGAGUGCACUCGACAUGAGUCUGUACGUAUUAUUGUGUGCAGCAUCCAUUGCUAUAAUUGCUCUUGUGUGUCUAAAAUUUUUGUUGCCUCGUACUUACCAUAAAAAAAUUUAUGUUCAUGAUAUGUUUGGUAAGGUAUAGGUUUAAUUUAAAUUCCAGCAAAGGUAAGAGAACUUAAGGGGAAUGAAAUGUAGGAAACAAAUUAAUGGGAUUUUGAAAAAUCUACCGAUGAAUACUUUUCAACUCCUCUAGAUAUUGUAUGCCCAUAUACUCAAACAACAAUAGAUCAUUAUUUUUUUCCAAACUACGUAGAAGCUUUGAUUUGAGAUUGCUUGGAUUGCAGAUAUUUUAAGGUCAUAUGUGGUCACUAAUGCUUAUAAAAAUACAAUUCAAGGAUAAGAAAAUAAUUUUUUACCAGGCUUAUUAUAGAUAUCAAGAGCUCAUGAGUUACUUACUAAGAUUCGCUUAGUAAGUUUCUUAAUUUACAAGUACCACUACUAGAUUUGUGUCAUUACUUCAAAGGGAUGUUUUAUUUUUAUUCAUGAAGUUUGAUGGACUUUAAUCUUAGUGUACAAGAGUUUAGUAUUGUAUUUUAUGUUCAGUGAUUUUGAUGCAUUUGUUUUCAUUUGACCACUCAUUCCAGUGAUUCUCUUAAGACUUAAAUAUGUUUAAGCCCGUUUCAUUGUUCCCACUUGUAGUUUUAAACAUGUUGGUGUGUCAGUGUUCAGUUCUUAUCAGUAGCAUAUUUUCCCAAUACUCCUUUAUUUUUACCAAUCAAAUUUCUCUACAAAGCAAAUACGUUUGUGUUAAGUAAUUGCUCUACUUUUACUCUUACAUUACGUUUACCCUUAUCGUGUACUUAAUUCAGUGAACUCUGCCAUUAUACACUCAUAGAUAAGUUUGUUAGUGAAGUAAUUGGCUAGUCACAUUGUUUUGUGAGAGCAAAAUGGCAAUACAGAAGUGAGGGGGUUACUAUGAUGUCAACAGUGAUUAAUAUUAAUUGUUGGUUUUCUGAUUUCCAGAUUGUGAUUUCUAAUGACUGGUUUUAUUUUGUACAGACUAGUGCCGUGGGUAUCUCUCAUUCUUGGCCAAUAUUGGCUUUGAGUCAAGUGAAGUGUCUUCAUCAGGAACUAUUACCAGUGGCAUCUUCUUCAUCUACUAUGCCUGUCGUAAAAUACACCGAAUUAGCAUGUGUUUAUGCCUUCUGCUUCACCCAUCUUUGUAUGUCUACAUAAUGUCCAAAACAUUUUGAGAAUUUUUAAUUUUACUACUAUUUUUACAAUGUUUUAUGUUAGUAAGCGGUAAUAUUGUCCAUCAAAUAUUGCACAGUGCUGUUAUGGCAACUUAACUUUAUUCCUCUGUCCAUUAUUAUGGAACCAUUUCUUCUCUUUGGUUGAGACAUAUCAUAUCCUACAUACAGUACCUCAGGGAUGAAUGGAUAAAAUAAGUCUCUUGGGGUUAUUCUCUGAAGUCUUUGUAUCUUGGUUCAGUUGUCAGAUUUGUAUAUUUUGUUUUUGCCCUUCAUUGACAACUAUGUAUUGUUAAGAGGCCAAAGAAGCUUUUUUUCUCCCUUCCACGUGCUGUGAGUUAUAAACAUUUCUGUGAUACAACUAAGUGUUGUGAAUGUGCUAUUGCUAGGUAGAAGUUUAUCACAAAUUCAGCAUUAUUAGUAAUUUGAAAGUCUUCUCUCAUUUUUGACUUGAUUUAUAGUCAAUUUGCGUGUCUCUGUGUUUUAAGAAUUUUAAUUCAUGGAUUUUUGUGUUAAAUGAUAUCCUAAUUUUAAUUUUUCUGUGUAUAUCUUUCUCAUGCACUAUGAUGUGUUUUUAUGUUUUAUACAUGUAAAUUGAAAAUUGAUGUCUAGCUUUAGCCCAAUAUGUAUUGUAAAGAUUUUUCUCACAAAUUGUGAUUUAUGUAGUCAUGUGCUGACUCUUGCAUUUAUACAGUGUAAAUACUAUAUUGUUUUUAUCUUUGUUACAAAUUAGAAAGAGAAUUUGUGUUUGUCAAACAAAUAUUUUUCUUAGAAAUGUUACAUCACGUCUAUCCCCUUUGGGUGGAAUCAUCACAAUUGAUACCUUUGAUCAUAGCAAAAUAGUAUUAAAAUAUUCAUGGAUCUAA